UUACUGGACUCGCGCACAGUAAUGGGGGAUCUAGGAUGGAUAGCAUACCCAAAAAAUGGGUGGGAAGAAAUCGGUGAGGUGGAUGAAAACUAUGCUCCGAUACACACAUACCAAGUAUGCAAGGUAAUGGAACAGAAUCAGAACAACUGGCUUCUGACCAGCUGGAUCUCUAAUGAAGGGGCGUCCCGCAUCUUCAUUGAGCUCAAAUUCACCCUGAGGGACUGUAACAGCCUUCCAGGAGGACUUGGGACUUGCAAAGAGACUUUUAACAUGUAUUACUUCGAAUCAGAUGAUGAAGAUGGGAGGAACAUCAAAGAAAACCAGUACAUCAAGAUUGAUACCAUCGCUGCUGAUGAGAGCUUCACAGAGUUAGACCUCGGCGACAGAGUUAUGAAGCUAAACACAGAGGUGAGAGAUGUCGGGCCCCUAACGAAAAAGGGGUUUUACCUCGCCUUCCAGGAUGUGGGUGCCUGCAUCGCCCUGGUCUCUGUGCGCGUGUACUAUAAGAAAUGCCCAUCGGUGAUCCGCAACCUGGCCCGCUUUCCUGACACCAUCACGGGAGCAGAUUCCUCACAGCUGCUAGAGGUAUCGGGCGUCUGUGUCAACCACUCGGUGACUGACGAGGCGCCGAAGAUGCACUGCAGUGCUGAGGGGGAAUGGCUGGUGCCCAUCGGGAAGUGCUUGUGCAAGGCAGGGUACGAGGAGAAGAACAAUACCUGCCAAGUAUGCAGACCUGGGUUCUUCAAAGCUUCACCCCACAGUCCAUCCUGCAGCAAAUGUCCCCCUCACAGCUACACGCUUGAUGAAGCAUCCACAUCUUGCCUGUGUGAAGAACACUAUUUUAGGAAGGAAUCAGACCCACCUACAAUGGCCUGUACAAGACCCCCCUCUGCUCCUCGGAGUGCCAUCUCAAAUGUUAACGAGACUAGUGUCUUUCUGGAAUGGAUUCCCCCUGCUGAUACUGGUGGAAGGAAAGAUGUGUCUUAUUAUAUUGCAUGCAAGAAGUGCAACUCACACUCAGGUCUGUGUGAGGCAUGUGGCGGUCAUGUCAGGUACCUCCCCCAGCAAACCGGCCUGAAAAACACCUCUGUCAUGAUGGUGGAUCUGCUUGCUCAUACAAACUAUACCUUUGAAAUUGAGGCAGUGAAUGGAGUGUCCGACCAGAACCCCGGAGCCCGGCAGUUUGUGUCUGUAAAUGUAACCACAAACCAGGCAGCACCUUCUCCAGUCAGUAGUGUGAAAAAAGGGAAGAUAACUAAAAAUAGCAUCUCCCUUUCCUGGCAGGAGCCAGAUCGACCCAACGGCAUCAUCCUGGAAUACGAAAUCAAAUAUUUUGAAAAGGACCAGGAGAUGAGCUACACCAUCAUCAAAUCCAAAGAAACGACAAUUACAGCAGAUGGCUUGAAACCAGGCUCGGCCUACGUCUUCCAGAUCCGAGCCCGGACAGCUGCUGGCUACGGUGGCUUCAGCCGAAGAUUUGAGUUUGAAACCAGCCCAGUGUUGGCUGCAUCCAGCGACCAGAGCCAGAUUCCUAUAAUUGUUGUGUCUGUAACAGUGGGAGUCAUUCUGCUGGCUGUUGUUAUCGGUUUCCUUCUCAGCGGAAGUUGCUGCGAUCAUGGCUGUGGGUGGGCUUCUUCUCUGCGUGCUGUUGCCUAUCCGAGCCUAACAUGGCGAUGUGGCUAUAGCAAGGCUAAACAAGAUCCAGAAGAAGAAAAGAUGCAUUUUCAUAAUGGCCACAUUAAGCUGCCUGGAGUAAGGACCUACAUUGACCCACACACCUACGAGGACCCUAAUCAAGCUGUCCACGAGUUUGCUAAGGAAAUUGAAGCUUCGUGCAUAACUAUUGAAAGAGUUAUCGGAGCUGGUGAAUUUGGGGAAGUCUGCAGCGGGCGGCUGAAGCUGCAGGGAAAGCGUGAGUUUCCGGUGGCUAUUAAAACCCUGAAGGUGGGCUACACAGAGAAACAGAGGCGAGAUUUCUUGGGAGAAGCAAGCAUCAUGGGGCAGUUCGACCACCCCAACAUCAUCCACCUGGAAGGCGUCGUCACAAAAAGCAAACCAGUAAUGAUAGUGACUGAAUACAUGGAGAACGGUUCUCUGGAUACAUUUUUAAAGAAGAACGAUGGGCAGUUCACGGUCAUUCAGCUGGUCGGGAUGCUGCGAGGCAUUGCGUCAGGAAUGAAGUACCUGUCUGACAUGGGUUAUGUACACAGAGAUCUGGCUGCCAGGAAUAUCUUAAUCAACAGCAACUUAGUCUGCAAGGUGUCAGACUUCGGCCUUUCCAGAGUCCUGGAAGAUGACCCCGAAGCAGCGUACACAACCAGGGGAGGGAAGAUUCCCAUCCGAUGGACAGCACCCGAAGCAAUCGCCUUCCGCAAAUUCACAUCGGCCAGCGACGUCUGGAGCUACGGCAUCGUGAUGUGGGAGGUGAUGUCCUACGGCGAGAGGCCUUACUGGGAAAUGACAAACCAAGAUGUGAUUAAAGCCGUGGAGGAAGGCUAUCGCCUGCCAAGUCCCAUGGACUGCCCUGCUGCUCUCUACCAACUAAUGCUCGACUGCUGGCAGAAAGACCGCAACAGCAGGCCCAAGUUUGACGAAAUUGUCAGCAUGUUGGACAAGCUCAUCCGUAACCCAAGCAGCUUGAAGACAUUGGUUAAUGCAUCGAGCAGAGUAUCAAAUCUGUUGGUAGAGCACAGUCCAGUUGGGAGCGGUGCCUACAGGUCGGUGGGUGAGUGGCUGGAAGCCAUCAAAAUGGGCCGAUACACGGAGAUCUUCAUGGAGAACGGAUACAGUUCGAUGGAUGCUGUGGCUCAGGUGACCCUAGAGGAUUUGAGGCGGCUGGGAGUGACACUUGUUGGUCACCAGAAGAAGAUAAUGAACAGCCUUCAAGAGAUGAAGGUCCAGUUGGUGAACGGGAUGGUGCCAUUGUAACUUGGUUUUAAAGUCGCCUCCUCAAGUGGGUCGGCCCUGCACUUUGUACACUAGCCCUGAGAUUUAUUUUGACUAAAAAAAAAAAGAAAAGAUAAAAAGGGAAAUUCAGCGGUUUCUAUAACUGAAGGACGAUGGCCUCUGCCGCAGCAUUUCUAAAGCAGUGUUUGACUAAAGUUUUCCUUUUCUUCCUAUUUGUGUCCUCAUUUUCAUGAAGUAAAUGUAAGAUGCAUGGAACAUGGAAGCAAAUCUGCUGUACGUGAGGUUAACCCGUCUCGUAAGCUUCAGCGACAACGACAACAAGCCUUCCCACCACACGUUGUCUGUACAUGGGAAAUAUAUAUAUAUAUAUAUAGCACCUUUAUAUACUGAAUUACAGCAGCACAUGGUAAUACUUCCAAGGACUGACUUGAGUGGAGAAGUUUUGUAGCCAUUCGUGGGCUCCCAAAAGCUGCGGUUUACUGAAGUUUAACUUCAAGUCUUACUUGUCUACAGAAGUGUAUUGAAGAGCAAUAUGAUUAGAUUAUUUCUCAAUAGAUAUUUUGUUUUGUAAAUUUAAAGAAAAGAAAAAAAAUGCUGUUACACAGCAUUAAGUUAUAGAGACUAGUGUAUAAAUAUGUCGCUUGCUCCAUGGCAAAUACAAUACAGGGUGUAUAUUUUGUUUUCCUCCCUCUGUGUUACCAAGUUCUUUUCGUUUGCUCUUCUGGGAGGAUAAUACAUGACGAAGAUGUAUAUAUACUGUACAGUUUGCUACGCAUCAGGUACAAGAUUGGGGCUCUUUCCUUGGUUUGUUCUCUUUUCCCCCUCUUUCGCUUUGUUUUGUCUCCCUUUUGUGUUACCACUACACUUUGUAUUUUUGCUGCUGUUUGGUUUGAGCAACAUAUAAAGCCUUCAGGAGUUUUGAUUACAUAUAUGAGGUAGAAGGAGUCUGCUUAAAUAAAAGACGUCGCCCCCUUUUCCUUUCCGCUGCGGGCUGGGGACGUCCAGAAGAAGAAAAGUAAA